AUGCCAAACCGUCGUGUUCCUGUUGCACUGCGCUCAAAGUUGAACACUGAGUUAGACAGACUGGAGAAGUUAGGUGUGAUUGCGCCUGUCAGUGAGCCAACCCCCUGGGUAAACCAAAUCGCAAUUACGCAAAAGAAAUCAGGUGAACUUCGAAUUUGUUUGGAUCCGCAAGAACUAAACAAAGCCCUUUGUAGAGAGCAUUACACUCUGCCUGUGCUUGAAGAUACCCUACAUGAGCUAGGGAAGUCUAGAGUUUUCUCCAAAGCUGACUUGUCAUCUGGAUACUGGCAUGUCCAACUCGAUGAGGAGUCAAGUCUUCUUACGACCUUUCAAACCUGUUUUGGUCGUUAUCGAUUUCUCAGGUUGCCAUUUGGUCUUUCUGUGUCGUCAGAAAUCUUCCAAAAGAAGUUGAUUCAAGCCCUUGAUGGACUACCAGGUAUCGUCUGUAUUGCUGACGAUGUGCUGAUUCAUGGUCGGAACCUAGAAGAACAUGAUGCUCAUCUUGAAGCAUUUCUAGCAAGAUGUCGCGAGAGCCACAUCAAGCUGAACCCAUCAAAACUUGAACUGCGAUUGAGUGAAAUCACCUUCAUGGGACAUUUGAUAACCAAAGAUGGUUUGAAGUCUGACCCCGAGAAGGUCCGAGCAAUUCAAAACAUGGUUCCACCAACAAAUCUUGAAGAACUUCGACGUUACCUUGGUCUUGUGAACUACUUGUCCAAGUUCUUGCCAAACUUAACUGAUGUGCUAGCUCCUCUGCGUAACCUUGUAAGAAAGGAUGUUGCCUGGACAUGGUCCAGUUCUCAACAGGAAUCCUUCCAAAAGGUUAAGGACAUGGUUACCAAGGCACCUGUAUUGUCAUAUUAUGAUCCAGAGAAAGAGCUGACAGUUGAGAAUGAUGCGUGUGAACAUGGCAUUGGCUCAGUACUAAUGCAGGAGGGAAAGCCUGUCGCUUAUGCCAGUCGCUCGCUAACUGACACUGAGCAAAGAUUUGCUCAGAUAGAAAAGGAAAUGCUCGCCGUGACCUUUGGUCUUGAGAAAUUCCACCAUUACACAUAUGGUAGAAGUGUAACUGUGAUAACUGAUCACAAGCCACUAGUGUCUAUCGUCAAGAAGCCCUUGUCUAGAGCUCCCAAUAGACUGCAGUCAUUGCUACUGAGGACCCAGCGAUAUGUGUUCGAUCUUCAGUAUCUACCUGGAACAGCUAUUCCUAUUGCUGAUACACUUUCCAGAGCGCCAUUGCCUGACAAACCUUCCUCUGAAACUGUGUAUGUGAAUAAUGUCUAUCAUCUCCCGAUCAAGGACAAGCUCAUGAAUGACAUUAGAGUUGCAACUGCAUCUGAUGAAACCCUCACCAAGUUGAAAUCAACUAUAAUGGAAGGAUGGCCAACACAUAAGGAGAAUCUGUCCUCUGAGCUUACUCCUUACUUCAGUUACAGAGACGAACUCACCAUUCAAGAUGGGAUAAUUCUUCAUGGACCUAGAGUUGUCAUCCCACUUGCAUUGAGAGAUGAGAUCAAGAGAAAACUUCAUGUUGGUCACAUGGGGAUAAACUCUUGUCUACGCCGUGCAAAGACACUUGUGUUCUGGCCCUUGAUGUCAAGUGACAUAAGACAGUAUAUCGAGUCAUGUGAUAUUUGUGCUCGUUUCAGUGAUAAGCAAUCACCAGAACCUCUGAUUAUGCAUGAGAUUCCUGAUCAUCCCUGGGAAAAGGUGGGAACAGAUAUUUUCACCAUUGAAGGUAGGAAUUACCUUGUGACUACUGACUACUACAGCAAUUUCUUUGAAAUUGACUUUCUGCCUGAAACCACUUCUGAUGUUGUGGUUACCAAGUUGAAGCACCACUUUGCUCGUCAUGGUAUACCUAAAGUCGUCAUCAGUGACGGAGGACCUCAGUAUACCAGUGAGAAGUUCAAGAAGUUCAGUCAGUCUUGGGGUUUCUCUCAUGAAACUUCCAGCCCUGGUAACAGUAAAGCUAAUGGUGCUGCCGAAGCUGCCGUUAAAGUAGCUAAAAGGAUGAUGAAGAAAUGUCUAGCUGCUAAAGAGGAUCCUUACCUGGGAUUGUUGAAUGUGAGAAAUACACCGACUGAAGGCGUACAAACAAGUCCAGCCCAAAGACUAUUUGGUCGCCGAACACGUACUCAGGUUCCUUGUACGUUAAAGACUAUUCAACAUGAUUCUGGUCCGGAUGACAAGCAACAACUUGAAGACAAAAGGAUGCUUGUAGUUGAGAGACAUAACCGGAAGUACUCUGGAAGACCUCUCAAACCCUUACAGGUUGGUGAUACUGUCAGAAUGCAACCCAUUCAAACCGGCAGGAAGGAAUGGAAUGAAGCUACUGUGACAGAUGAGAUCAAGCCAAGAACCUACUCUGUGAGAUCAGAUAAUGGUCACUGUUUCAAACGGAAUAGACAACAACUUCGUCUUGCCAGAAAGUCUAGAGUUGAGGAUGAUGUUAAUCUUGAGAUUCCAACAUUCCCAAACUGCCAGUCGCCAAGAAGAUCUAGAGAUGAUGAACUUAUCCAGGAUAAGCAAUGUGUUCAGUCUAGUGCUAACCUCUCUAAUACUCAGACUGAUUCUGUCAUUCCAACAAGAGAUGUUCCAAAGAAUACCUCAUCUCCAAAAUCUGACAUGUUCAAGACAAAGUCUGGGAGAGUAGUCAAGCCAGUUAAACGGCUUGAUUUGUAA